UUCUGCCCAAGAGAAUUAGAACUUUUCCUCCCUCCCUCCCCCAUUUUGCCUUCCCCUAACCACUUCUACCUGAGGAAGCCUAUCUUUUUUUCUCUCUCACGUGCAAUCCUCAAUUCUUCACUGAGCUGGGUUCCCUAAGCCCGGAUCUAGCUGCUCCAAAUUUGAUUUAUAAUUUUCUCCACCCUUUUAUAUGAAAGAGACUUAGCACAGCCUAGAGAUUUGAGAAGAACCUAGCAACCCUUUCCUUGGGAACUUUUUAAUAAUUACACAUUGGUCAUCACCCCAGCCUUGAUGUUUCUGUUGCCCUGAUCUCAGUAGUCAAAGACAGAAAGGAGACAACAGCCAGAACUAAGUCUGAGGCUGGGGUGGGGCUGCCAGGGAAAGAAAACUUUUUUCUUUUUUUUUUUUUUUACUUUGCAUUUUCCUAGAAGAGUUCAGAAUCAUUGACUCACAGUUGUCAGUCUAAGGGAUAAUUUAUUUACUGCUUGAAGGGGUUAUAAAAAGAGCCAAUAAGAAAAGAGGCUCCUCCAUAACACAGAAACACUGUGGACCCCAAGCCCCACCCUUAUCUACUUCUUCAAAGACUCCAGCUGCCCCUCUCCAGUCCUCUGCUUCCCCCAUGCGCCUGGGUGGGCUGCUGUGGUGGUGGUGCUGCUGCUGUGGCUGGUACUGCUGUGGACUGUGCACCCCAGCCCCCCAGAUGUUGCGCCACCAGGGUCUCCUCAAGUGCCGCUGCCGAAUGCUCUUCAAUGACCUGAAGGUUUUCCUCCUGAGGCGCCCCCCUCCAGCGCCCCUGCCCAUGCACGGUGACCCCCAGCUCCCUGGUGUGGCGGCCAACAACAACACCCUUCCGGCUCUGGGUGCCGGAGGGUGGGCAGGCUGGAGAGGCCCCCGAGAAGCAGUGGGCAGGGAGACCCCUCCUCUGCCACCUCCACCACCUUUGCCUCCUUCUGUGGAAGAUGACUGGGAUGGCCCAGCCGCAGGACCGCCUGCCUCCCUGCUCAGCAGUGCCUCCUCUGAUGAACUCUGUAAGGAGAAAGCUGAGGACUGCUACUCUCUAGGAAGUAGCUUGGACAGUGGUAUGAGGACUCCCCUCUGCCGCAUCUGUUUCCAGGGACCAGAACAGGGAGAGCUGCUAAGCCCAUGCCGCUGUGAUGGUUCUGUCAAAUGUACACACCAGCCUUGUCUCAUCAAGUGGAUCAGUGAAAGGGGCUGCUGGAGCUGUGAGCUGUGCUACUACAAGUACCACGUCAUCGCCAUAAGCACAAAGAAUCCUCUACAGUGGCAGGCUAUAUCCCUGACGGUCAUCGAGAAAGUUCAGAUUGCAGCCGCCAUCUUGGGUUCUCUCUUCCUCAUCGCCAGUAUCUCUUGGCUCAUCUGGUCAACCUUCAGUCCCUCAGCAAAAUGGCAACGCCAAGACCUCCUCUUCCAGAUCUGCUACGGGAUGUAUGGCUUCAUGGAUGUGGUGUGCAUAGGUCUCAUCAUCCACGAAGGGCCUUCAGUGUACCGCAUCUUCAAACGCUGGCAGGCCGUGAACCAGCAGUGGAAGGUGCUAAACUAUGACAAGACGAAAGACUUAGAGGAUCAAAAGUCAGGAGGCAGGGCAAACCUACAGACUUCCUCGUCUGCCCAAGCCAACAUCCCCUCCAUGGAAGAGGAGGCGGCCAGCCCACCUGCCCGUGAGGAGGGCCCCGCCAGGGCUGCCAGCCACCCCUCAGACCCUGUGUCCCAACACCACUGUGCUUACACCAUCCUACACAUCCUGAGUCACUUGAGACCUCAUGAACAGCGGAGUAGCCAGAGCAGCAGCCGAGAGCUCGUCAUGAGAGUCACCACGGUGUGAAAGAUGGCCUGGGAGGAAGGCUGGGAGCACACGAACACACACCACAGGAAAGAGGCUUGGCCAGGAGGGGCCCAGGGAGCAGGGAUGGCAGGCAAAAAUCUGGCAGUUUUGGGUGUUGGGCCUUGAGGGAGCCUGGAGCAGAGGGGAGCUAUGGGUAGAGCCUGCUGGAGUGCUCUUAUGAUUUUCCCGUCUGUUGCAAGGGAAAACCAACACAAACUCCACAAUAACGGGUGGGAGAGAUGGAAUCAGGCAUGGGCAGAAAAUGGUGGCAGGUACCUGGAGUACCUUCUGUACCUGUGGGUGUUAAGGGCAGCAAAGAGAAAGAGCAAGGGCCAUCAACCAAGCAAAGAGCUUUUAUAAUCCACAUGUCUCUUGAAGCCUUGGGUUUGUUCCUGCCCGCGUGAUGCUUCCUAGAACUGGGUACUCCAGGGAGAGAGUGGAGCCUUGUGAGCUGAUACCCCUACCAUGCUUGUCGGGGGGCCUCUGCACUUUGUAAAAUCUCAGUGACUCAAAUGGCUUUACGGAUUCCCCCCCCCCCGCCCUCGCCCACCCCAGGAGGAGAUGGUUCAGGAAGGGAGUUGUUGGUCUGCCUGGCCAGGGAGAUGGGGCUGUGUCCCCCAGAAAGAACUUUCCUAGCUGUAAUUCCAAGUGUCCCGUGAGCUCAAAGAAAGCUAAGGUUUAGAGAUGGGUAUCUUUCUGUUUCCUUCUUUAUUUUAUGGUGAUUUGGCUCAAAGAUGUUUACGGGAGGGGGGAGUCGGGGCUCAUACACAUACAUGUUCGUGUAGAGGGAAGCGCAGACUUCUCAUGAGAAUCUCAAGCACACUUCCGCUGCUGUGGCGUCAGCCUCCAAACUGUCGAGCCAGGGAUGAAAUUUUUUCCCCCACUACUGAGCCCCACCCACAAUCAGGACAAUUCGGUGCCAUGUCCUUUCGGCCUUGGCCUUCACAUAGGGCAAGCACAGAGAGAGAUGGGGAGAGAAAGAGAGACCCUGUCACCUUGGUCUGCUACAGUGUGGCCUGUGCAUCUCAAGGAAGGAGUAACCAUCAAUCUAAGUAUUUCUUGCUGCUUGGUACCCUCCCUACAGAGGCCCAGAUUGCCUUGUGCUCAGCGCUAUGUGCCCCUUGGGCACACCAGGGAACCAGGCGCACCAGGCACACCAAGGCACACCAGGGAAGCAGGCAAGAGCCCACCUGUAUGUUCUGGGACCCUGGCAGGAAGGAAAGGCCACUGGGUGGUCACCUGAAGAGUUUCUUACUGUCAUUGCACAAUGGACACGUCAUCCUUGGGUAUUAAAUGGACACUGUCAAGUACUUUUUUAAAACUAGUUUUUAGGGUUUUUUAAAACUGUCUGUUGUUUGUAAUAUUCUCUUAAAAGCUUGGAAAUAAAAUCUCUUUCCCUACCAUUCGCGUCCCUUUCCUGUGUUUUCUUCCUUUCUCUGUCUCCUCCAGUGAGAGCCACUUUUCUUUCUCUGUU